AUGGCCAGUGAAUUUAAUCUAAACUUCUUGAAGGAAUUGGAACGAGAGGCUGUCCUGGAAGUCCUGUACCGUGACCAGAUGGUGAGAAAAACAGAGGAGGAAAGAAUAAGGAAACUGAAACUGCAGCUGCAGCAGCUUCAGUGGAAGGGAGCAAGAAACGUAGGCCAUGAAUACCAGGAGAGAUCUUGUGCUCGCUGUCAGAAAUCACUUGGGUUAUUGAUGAACAGAGGUGCAGUAUGCAAUGGGUGCAGUCAUCGAGUAUGCUCUGAAUGCCGUAUCUGCCUGAAUCCCUGUGUUUGGAAAUGCACCGUUUGUUACGCUCAUGGAGAUGUGAAAGUAAAGGCUGGUGAAUGGUUCUUUGAGGAACGAGCAAAGAAAUAUCCAGAUGAAGGCAGACAUGAAACAGUUGGUGCAAAGCUCUUGAAAUCUUAUCAGAAACUGAGUAAAAUUUCUGUUGUUCCUCCAACUCCACCUCCUUUCACAGAAUCCGCAGCGGGAAGCAACGUGACGGAACUCAGUCAAUCUAAAAGUUUUAAUAAAUCUGUGGAAAACUUGUUUUUGUCUCUCACAACACAUAUAAAAAAAAUCUCUAAGUCCCAGAAUGAUAUGGCUGACAGACGUCUCCUAACCACAGAUUAUGGGCAGAAUGUGGAAAGAAGGAAGCAAAGAAGGAGCCAGUCUGACACUGCCAUCAACAUUACAAGCAGGAUGAAAAGUACACCCAGUCUUCAGCAGCUCAUCAGUGGGGCCCCAAAUGACAGUGAAAUUCUGACCAAAAGGAAUUGCAGUGAGGAAGAAGAUAUAACAACCAGUCCCACAAGUGAUGCAGUUUUCUGUGAUGGCAGAAAAUAUGGGAGUUUGUUUAGUCUUAACAGCACUUGCACCGAGUCUGGCAAUUUUGGCAAGGCUAACGUCACAGGAGAAAUAGAGUUUGCCAUAAGAUACAUCUUCAAAGCUUGUAUCUUAGAAAUUUGCAUCAAGGGAUGCAGGAAUCUGGCUUACGGAGAAGAGAAGAAGAAGAAGUGCAACCCGUAUGUUAAGGUUUAUUUACUUCCUGAUAAAUCUCCUCGGAGUAAGCGGAAGACAGUUGUCAAAAAGAGCACAGUGGAUCCAGAAUUCGAUGAGACUUUGAAGUACAAGAUUGAAUACUCCCAGCUGGGAAGUCGGCAGCUUCAGAUCUCUGUGUGGCAUGCAGGAGCACUCAAAUACAGGGUGUUUUUAGGGGAAGUGGUGAUUCCACUGGCAGCAUGGAAUUUUGAAGAGAACUCGAUGAAGUUGUUCAACUGGUACCAGCUCAAACCCAAGCUUGAAAAGCCUGAAGAUGAUCUUACCCAGUACAGUGGCGAACUCCUUGUGUCUGCAAGACUGUCAGUACCAGCCCAGUAUAAAAAUUUCCAGUUUGAAGGAAAAAAAGACCAAGGAGUUCCCAACUGCCAGCUUCAGGUUAUGAUAUUUGGGGCCAAGAACUUGCCUAUGCUGAGAUCUGUUGGAAUGCUGAACUCAUUUGUUAAAGGUUGCCUUAUCCUUCCAGACCAAGCGGAGGUAAAGCGAAAGUCUCCUGUCCUGAAGAAAGAAGCCUGUCCCCAGUGGAAACACUUGUUUGUCUUUGAUGGUGUUACCCCAGCUCAGCUAGAGCAAUCAUGUCUACACUUGACUGUCUGGGACCAGUCAACUUUCAGCUCAAGCGAUCAGUUCCUAGGAGGAGCCAAGCUUGGUGCAAAGAAAUCACUUGACUGUACAGAUCUUCUUUCUCAGUCAGUGCUCCAAUGGCAGGAAGUGCUCCACAGCCCAAACAUGUGGGUGGACUUUACACUUGUAUUGCAUUCAAAUAAGGAAAACUUUAAAUCAUGA